GUGGUCCGUCGGGCCGAUGGAGUAAUGGCCCCUUAAUAACGCUGAGUUCCAGUGCCUUCUACCUUCGCCGUCAUGUCAUCGCACAAUCCAUUUCGAGAUCCUGCACGCUUGCAGCCGUCGUCGUCGCCACCUCCGUCGCCACCACCGAAAUCUGAGCCCAGUCGUUCACAUCCUGAACCUUCUAGUCCUUCCGCUGCAUCCACUUCAUCACCUGCUACAAGCGCAGUAAACCCAAAUAACUCGAGCGCUAGUCCGUCUUCCCAACCAAGCGAAGAGCUGCGGUCAGACCCCACAGGCCUUACAGAGGAGUUACCGCCUGCGUAUACACCGGGACCGAAUGUUUAUCAGGGAGAAAGCACGGUGGAGUUUGGUCCAGCAAGACCGUUUCAGCAACCACCACGUCCACAUCCACCACCGCAGCCGCAGCCUGAGCCUGUCCUCCUGCAACCGACUUCUGCAGGCUGGUCGACCUCGAGCUCGCACAAUCAUCAUACUGGCCGGCCACCUUCGCUACUGCAACAGUUAACUGGUCAGUUAGUAUCACAGCUGACCGGUGCUGGUAACAAUGGCAGCUAUUCUCGUCCCGGUUGGUCGGGAUAUCCUGGACAACAAACAUACAAUAGUAGCCUCUCUACUCCAUCACUUCCGCCUCGACCGUCAUCUGCUGGCGGCAGAUUCGCGCCUCCACCCGGUCCUCCACCCAAUAAUGAUGUCCCACCUCUACCUCCACGACGCAGCCCCGUUUCUGCAGGCGGAUAUGAGCCUCCUUCAGGUCCACCACCUCGCUCGGGUCCAUCGUCACCUCACUCUGGUCCUCCGUCUGCCGGCUCGCAGAACGGCCGUCCAACGACUACGCCGGUUCCAGGCCAUCCUCUUCUAAAUAAUAACCGUCUCCUCGUGUAUCCAACUGGAUACCAUUGUGAUAAAUGUAGAAAUACUGGAUACAAACAUAAUGAUCCUUCGCAUCCGUGUCGGAAGUGCUGGGCCAGGUAUUCCAAGCCCUUCUCUGGGGCGCUCAUGUAUACGGAUUUUUCACCGGAAUCUAGGACGACUGGAAAUUUCCAGCGCCCGCUUCCUUCGUACCAUAGCCCCCAGUCGGCAUCCAGCUCUCGUCCUCCACCUCCCAAUCCGGGAUACCAACCUUCAUAUAUUACGCCGCACCAUGGGUUCCGACCUCCACCGCCGAGACCGCUAAUUACGCCGAUGAAUGGGCUAGGUCGGGCCCCUCGAGGCGCUAUUGUGUAUCCCACGGGUGAUCCUCGAAUAGGCGGGAGACUGUGUUGGCGGUGUGAAGGAAGUGGGCUGAUUUCGUUUCUGUUUCUAGAGGAUAAUUGUCCGGUCUGUGGGGGGGUUGGAAGGAUAUUCAAUUAAGUCUGCUUUGAAGUAUUGACGUUGUAGCAUUAUUUGGAUACUGUAGCUAGUCUCAUCAUUUGCGAUGCCAUUAAUUACUGUGCUGUUAACUUUUGUCGCAUUGGUUUGCCCAUCCGCAGUUUGUACAAUGCAUAAAAUUAGACCCAUCGCUUCUCACCCGUAUUCCUCGCAAUUUCAGGU